UGAACUAGAACCUGUUUGUGAUCAAGAUUUAUCGUGGUUAGACUCUGGCAUAGAGAUGCAAAAUUCGUCUGAAAUUCAAGAUUUAUUUUUACCGGAUGUUAAUGCUGAAAGUUCAUCUGAAAUUCAAGAUUCAGUAAUUUCAAGUAGUGAUAAUGAAAUUUCACAAAAAAGCUGUAAUACAGAAAGUUUUUUAGAAGAUGAAUUUUUUACUUAUAAUACAACAUCAGAUGAUUUUUCUGAUUCCGAGAACAAUUAUUUAGUGGAUGAAUUUUCUGCUUAUAAUACAAUAUCAGAUGACUAUUCUGACUCAGAGGAUGAUUAUUCACAAAAUGGUAUUACAUAA